AUGAAAUCUUUCUACAAAAAAAUAAAAAGUUAUUUAUUCAAAUCUGCCAUUAAUACAUCUUUUGAUACUUUUAAUUUAGAAAAUGUAAGCAUUACUAGCUUAAAUACGUACACCGGUGUUAAAACCGAAAUAUCAAAAACCGUAUCACCACACUUUCAGAUUUCUCAUGUCUCUUCUAUGGGCGCAGAUUUCGACAUAAAACAGACAUACGCCACGUUCUGCUUUAACAAUCUUUUGCUACAAACGAGCAUAGACCAAGACAAAAUAUUUAGAAUAAGAGGUACCCACAUGUUUAAAAAUCUACUUACUAAAUUCCAUACAGUAAUUGGUAGAAGUAAAGAUAUUUUUACACAAAUAGAGGUAGAUAUAAAAAAUAAAUACAAUAAUAUGUGUAUAAAAAUGAUACAGCCAGCUAUUAAAGGUGCUUCAUGUAUAUACGUGGGUAAUUAUAUGCAGCAGCUAGGAGUAAUUAGUCUUGGUGGGGAGAUUAUUAAAGCUGAUGAAUACAUUGGACUAUCUUUUGUAGGGAGAUAUGAAGGGAUUGGUUCUAUUUCUACUAUAUCACUUCAGCAGUUUAAUACACUGUCUAUAGAUUAUUACAAGACAUUGUCUUCUAUUUGUGACGUAGGUAUUAAAAUAUCAACUGAUAGGGAAAAAUCAGUUAAUUAUGGAUUAGGAGUUAAACUGCACAGUAAAAAAGGAGAAAUUAUCGGAUGUGUAGAUAACAAUCAUAUUUUAAGCAUAAUUUAUAAUGAUAAAUUAUCUGAAGGGUUAACACUUAAUUUGAGUUGUAGAUUUGGUAAGAAAGUAUUUGAUUAUGGCUAUGGGUUUAUUUAUGAAUUUUAA